CUAAAAUGUCUUGUCGCAGUAUGCAGACGUGUUUCUUGCUUUCUCUGUCCUUGCAACUAUUUUUUCUCGUCGUAACAGCCGAUUCGUCGAAGAAUAAUUAUGGUGGCGAAUAUUUAGAGAACGCAUUUAUCGAAGAGAAUCUGCGGCUUUUGAGCCCCGAGAGUGUACUGAAAAGCAUUGAAAUAGUGCAAAGUGAUGUUAAAGACGUCGUGAAUUUCAGCUGUACGAAGGACUUACAGGUUUGGAAAGGACAGCUUGAAAAUCGUGAAUCAUGGGCAUUAAAAAUGCGAGAUGCCUCAUCAAAGAUCCCCGCAGGUCUUUUUCAUGGAAAUCUAGUCGACUUGGGCAUGUACGACGAGUGCGUGGAAGCAGGCGGUCGUUUUUGCACCUACGAAAUUAAUCCAACGCGCCAAAAGACGGCUUUCCUCUUAGCUCCGAUGCUGUCCGUUUGCCUACCACGAAGUUGCACUGCAGACGACGUUAUUCAACUUGUUAAUAGGACCAUCGAAGCAAAUGAGAAAUUGAAAUCUCAGGGCAUUACUAUGGCUUCCACGGCUUGCUUGACGAUCGAUCCGAAGGACUCGAAUGCAUUAGUGCACUUUUGGUACAUCGUCCUGUCGAUCUACACGGGCUUUAUCGUCCUCUGUACCCUGUGCGAUCUGGCAAACAGGUGCUACGGAGUGGAAUGGAAGGGCUGGCAAACGCUUGAGCGACUUUCUAUGCUAAAGACUGGAGCAAAUAUUUUAAUUACGAAGCCUCAAGACGACGACUUGACUGUUAUCCACGGUCUACGAGUCAUCAGCACGGCCUGGAUAGUCCUGGUGCACGAGUAUAUGGCUCAGUUUUAUGCGGUCAAUCUCAAUGUUCUCGAUAUUGCCAAGUGGUUUUCAUCGUGGAAAUCUCUCUUCCCCCUCGUUGGACUUUACUCUGUAGACACAUUUUUUACUAUCAGCGGUUUCUUAACGGCAUACGCAUUUUUCAAACAAAGACAAAAGAAUAAAAAAUUCAAAAUUCUACAUUAUUACUCGCAUCGAUUUAUCAGAUUGACUUUACCGGUCGUCGUGUUCCUGAUUUGCACGUAUGUUUUUAUCAACGGCUCUGGAGCACGGUACGAAUGGCUGCGAGACAUAUUCGUUGUCGGUAUUCAAUCGAAAUGGUGGUCAUUUCUGCUUUACAUUCAAAAUUUUGUGCAAAAGGAUGAUUUUGUAAGACUAAUUGUCCUCCUUAUAUUUUAUAAUAAGCCUAGAUUACGAUGUUUCCUUUGGCAAUGA